UCGGUGAACUAAACACGCGGUGCGAAAGCACGAAUAAAAAUAUCGAAAAAUGGGUCGUAUGCACGCUCCUGGUAAGGGUAUUUCCAAAUCCGCGCUACCAUACCGUCGUUCCGUGCCGUCGUGGCUGAAAUUGAACGCCGAAGAUGUCAAGGAGCAGAUCAAGAAGCUCGGCAAGAAGGGCAUGACUCCGUCGCAGAUCGGCAUCAUUCUGCGGGAUUCGCACGGUGUCGCUCAAGUGCGCUUCGUCAAUGGCAACAAGGUGCUGCGUAUCAUGAAAGCCGUUGGCCUGAAGCCCGACAUUCCGGAAGAUCUGUACUUCCUGAUCAAGAAGGCCGUAUCGAUCCGCAAGCAUUUGGAGCGUAACCGUAAGGACAUCGACAGCAAGUUCCGCCUGAUUCUGAUCGAGUCGCGCAUUCACCGCCUGGCCCGGUACUACAAGAUCAAGGCAGUCCUGCCACCGAACUGGAAGUACGAAUCGAGCACUGCUUCCGCUCUGGUUGCCUAA